GUAAUAUGUUCAGCGAAUUCGGACGAAGUUUGUUUUUCAAAAAUAUCUUAUAAAGCUGGUAGGGGUUACCCAGACGCUGGAUCGUUAGAAGGCGUCGUUGCAGUUUGUGCCGAACAACAUUAGUCAACGAACACGACGCUCCUUGCGCCGAAGUUAGGAGUCAAACCAUUUGUAGUCACUUGCAGAGGAGAACAGCGAAAGAACCAGCAUCAUCAUGUUCCGGAAUCACUUUGAUAUGAUCGGCAGAAAUGAAACACCGUCGAAAAAAGCUAAAUUUUGGCAAUCCUUUGUUCGCUCCCUUAAGGGAUCCGAUGACAUAAGGGCAACAGAUCCAAUCCACACCAGACCACGUGGAAUCUUCAGACCAAUCAGCGAAAUCCCCGAAUGGCCUUUCUCAAAAUCCAUCUACGAUGACCCCAUCGCAGCUGGUGACCGUAUCCAGGUUCCCGGCUACAGGUACGACCCUCUGCACAGGGACACUUAUGGUUACUCCCCACGCAAAAUCUUCCCACACAACUAUGGUUCACUGGACAGAUACCGGCCUGUGUUCCAUAUAACGAAACCAAAACCCUUCGAUGCCGAUAGAGCUUGGUCCGAACAUUUAGAUCGUGUUGGAAAGCGCGAUCCUACCCAGUGGCCAACCAUCUUCCACACCACUUAUCCCUUCAGUCGCUACCCACUCUACCUCGUCUACAGCAAGAGACCACCCCCAGCUGCAGACAAAUACGACCCCCAUAGGGCUUGGCUCGAUCAUUUGGACAGACUCGCCGAGCUGGACAAACUGUACCCCUCGUUGUGGCCAGCAUUUGGAAGCUCCAGACUUUCUCCAACUCCAAUCAAGAUUGGUCAAUUUGCUCCACGUCCCUCAGAAGUAGGAUUCAACUACGCAGGUCAGCCCAUAUACAAUUUGGCCGGUUUCCCAAGAGCAAGUAAGAGACUGUUCAAUGAUCUUUUGAAUCCCUCCCCCUCCCUCCCAAUUUCUGCCGUGACCCGAGACCCCUUCUGGUGGGAUUCCCCCCUAUUGAGACCACUAUCAUUGUUCAACCCUUGGGGGAAGUCACCCUUCUACCUCCGUGACUCGUACCUCUCCCCUGUCAAGAGGACGUACCUGUGGGAUAAACACCCCAUCAGGCCGUUCGCUGCUGUUUACUAAGGGGGAAGUUUAUGGUCGAAAAAUAAACUGACUGACACACAAAUGAGCUUCAAAAACCAGAAGAAGAUCUAUUCAAGGAAAGUGUUCAUUUUUGAUCAAAUUAUUUCUCUCAUUAUAAAAUAAGUGCCUUAAAAUAUACAACUAAUAUUAUUUGAGUGAAUGGAUAGAAGGCAAAAUUUAUUUAUUUUAUUUUUUAUAUUUGAUCUUGCAUCUUACUUCCGACUCUAAUAUACUAGAAGAAAACGUGUCUCGCAUUCCAUCUGAGUCAAUCGAAGUGAGAUUUUCAAGAGUCAAAAUUUUUGUUCGUUCACAGAUGUGGUCAAUGAAUAAUAAAUAUUAUUAUGUAUUAAA